AUGCUUGAUCCGGCCAGAGAAGGCGGAGGUGUGGUGAAACAAGAUCAGAUGCUGCAAAUGGUGGGGUCCAUAGGAGCGUACAGCAUGGCCAACGCGACGGGAGGAACCAAGCACGCCAACAAGGCGGCAGUCGACCCGUUUUACGACGCCGACGCUCAUGGCGUGGAUCUGCCCGUGUCAAUCCACCAAGGGGUGCACCCAGAAAACCUCGAGAAGGGAACCGCGGGGAUAAUCGACUACUUCAAGAAGAAGCUCUUGUCGAAGUGGUUGAAGUCGACGGAGCUGCUCGUUGUGUGCUACGACCGCCAAGAACUAGUACCGGCAAUCCAAGGACACGAGCAGCUUGGGAUGACGGAGAAACUUGAAGAGUGCUCUCGGACCUUCGACCCGAAGUCAACGAAUCCGGUUCCUUCGUUGCAGUAUGGGUCAUGGCUUCGAACCGAUGUUAAGGCGGCGCGGGACGGAAUCGCCACCAACCUGGUCAUGCGCGUGCUGGCUGAUGAUGUCUGGACCGCCGACACCAAGCCCAACGGAAUCGUCGCAUUCUACGGCGUCGGAGGUGAACCUAGCCUGAGUGCUGAUAAUCCAGCGGGUGUAGAUGCCGAUGUAGGCCUCGGAAUGGGAGUAGGUACCACGGAGGCGCUUGCUGAAACUGUACCACUCCUACAUUUUCGGGACGGAACCGACCCGAUCUCUGACGUCGAGCGGCACCGAGGGCCAGACAUCGGCGAGGCGGAACUCUCCGUGAUACACUUCAUCGCCCGGGCGAUGAAAGUGUUCGCCAGUAUCUGCGAACUCCAGGACGGAAGCGGGUCCGCGUGGCCACCUGUAACCUUCAGGAGCUGGGAUCCCACGGACGCCGACAAGGUUCGUCUGUUUAUCCAAACCUUCCUGGAGUCGGGCUGUGACUACCUCCCGGCAAUUUCCGGGCUGCCGUUCGACAAGAUGUGGGUACUCGUCCUCAAGAGCAUGCGGACGGAGGGUUUGUUUGACAAACCGCUGUUCUUCGAGGAGCAGGACGGCACGUGGGCCAUGGAUGUCGACGAAUGCGCGAAACAAUUGGCGACCAUGUUCUUCUACAAGGAUGAAGCGGCGUUUGGCAGUGCUCAUUUAAGUCCAGCCCAGCUGCUCGAAAGCGUCGACGGAGACGUCGAGGACUACGUGAGCUUGGUCCGCUACGACAUCCUACAACUCCCCAAGAAGAAGACGACAGCCACCUGUCCGUCUUCUUUUGCCUUGUGCAAGCAGGCAGAACGGGGUAACGCCAUCUUUCGGUACUGGCAGAAUGGCCUGAGGGAGGCCAUGCCGACGACAGAGUUUGCCUACGAAGGAUGGGGCGUCGACCCACGAGGGAAGGGGAGCGACAGCGACGAACUCAUAGCCGAGAACUGCGUGCUUUGGCUGUCCGAGUAUUCUUACAUCGGCCCUAACCGCAAGACAGUCACGCUGGCGUGCGGUUGCAAUCCGGACACGGCCCUGUGCAACAGGUGCAGGUGCAAGGACAGAAAGUGCUCGCUCGCUUGCGGCCGCAUAAGUCGUUGUACCCUACGUCGGGCUGCGCCGGCACACGUACGAGCAGGGGGGAGGUCUGCGUCCCGGCCUACGGUGGGUACUUUUCAAACUGGGCCGAUCGAGGGUCCGAUCGAGGGUGUCGCCCGACCCCAACUACCCAUCGACACUCGACCGCAGCCAUCCUUGCGUGUUGCCAAUUCCAUAGCACUCCUUGUCGCCUCUAUGAAGCAGAAGUAA